CACUAAGUCCAUUGUAACUCUGCAUGAUAACACUGCAAUGAUGUGUGAGCACACGGGUCUUCACUAACUGCUCUGCAAACACACAGCAAUUAGAGACACUCAACAAAGCAUCUAUUUCCAGAACGGUACUGGUGACCCAAACUCACAGCUUCUCACCUGUCACACCACUCUGCAGACCUGUGAACAAAAACAGGAUGUGAUGCGAUAAAUUCUACAGCACUUCUUUCGCGUCUGCAGAUUCAGAUUCCGCUGAGCAAAAACUGAAAAUCUUUGAUCAGGACUUCAAGCAUGAAGGAGCUUCUUAGACGGACUCUGCUUUUGGGUUACCUGAUAAAUCUAGUUGCAGGCAGCAAUGGAGUAACAGAUCAAUAUGGAGCCGAGGGGAAAUCGAUCCAUCUCACUGUGGAGCAGCCCAAGGGUUUUCAUGAACUGAACUGGUAUUUUGAAAACGGUACAAAGUUCCGCUUGGUGAAAUACGACAAGACCGGAUUCAAACUGGCAGCGUCACUGAGGGUGACUUUCAAUGAGUCAGAUCUGUCUUUGACGGUCAACAGCUUAACGCUGCAAGAUCUGGGGUUGUAUACUGCGGAGAAAAUCAACGACAAAGGCCAACACACCGUGUUAAUAAGCUACCAGCUUUACGUGGAAGCUCCGGUGUCUAAACCUGUCAUCCAGCCCUCAUCAAUCACCAACGUAAGAGGUCUUUGCAACUAUACUCUGGUCUGCUCUGUGGAGGAAGGUACGAAAGGGUCUAUUGGCUGGGAGUGGCCUGAAGUUAAUUGUACCCAGCCGGUUCUUUCCAAUGAAAGGCGCACCCUGGAGUUCUCUCAAGGCUCAGGUUGCGAUGACCAAAUAGAUUCCUUCACCUGCAAUGCGGGGAAUCACGUGAGCAGAGAAUCAACGACCAUCACGAUGGAGGAAUUGAGAUGCGACCAGACAGACCCUGAUUCAGCCUCUCUUAUUUCCCUAACCAGUCUCCUGUGCCUACCUUUAUUCCUGGUGAUCACCGCGCUUGUCUAUAUGUGCGUCAUUCACAAGACGAAACCCAUAUGCAUAGCUGACAGUUUUGUUUCCCCGCCUGCAAGAACAGUAACCCCGGACAUAACAACCGUGUACGCAGUUGCCGGUUUCAAGGAUUCCCGCGUCUAUGACGAUAUUGGGCAGUCGUGUUAUUCUGUUGUGAACCAUAACGCGUCUUUCAUCAGUGCCAGAAACACAGAAACUAUAUAUGAUAACGUGCACAACAUUGAAUCGACGUAAUUAAAAAAAAACCGUCUCGAAGCUUCGCUUUGAAACACAAAUCUUGGAAUUAUUUGUCUGGUUUUUUUUUGCAGUUCAUUUUUAUAAGAUGGUUAUUUCUUACUCUCCUCUCACUCCUCUCUCUCUCCCCCUCUCCUCUCCUCUCCUCCCCUCUCCUCUCCUCUCCUUGAAAACGACGAGAUGCAGCGCUUAAGUGUUCUAUUCUGAAUUCUAUUUUUUUUUGUAUGAACCGCGCAUGCGUUUUGCAUUAAAUAAAUAAUUUAAAAAAACA